UACUAACCUAACCUUCUCCAUGGUUUCACCACCUUGACAGGUAAAAAAAAAAAAAGAGCUUAAAAUUGGUGUCUUUUCCAAAAAGUCAUAGGCCAUGUUCCCCCACAUUGUGAGAUAAUUAAAAAGAGAAAAAGGCAAGUUAAGGAAAGGGAGAGGGCCACUUGGAAAAAAAAGUCAGAGAACAGACAUUAGCCCAACUUGCAAGGAAACAACACUUGCUGGUGUUUUCUUUGAUUGCCCCAUUUCAAGAGCAACCCAUGUGCUCUCUAAAAGGGUGACUUCCAAGCCAUCUUACCUAAUCUAAUCUCCGGAUUCCAUCCACAACCUCAAUUAUUCUAAGGAAAAAGGCUUGAUUUUUACAGCCUAAGCUUUGAUUAUUAAACUACCUACCAUCAACUCACCCUGCUUCCUUGAUCUCAAAGCAGAUAACUUUGGCAAAAGGGGAUAGAAGAGAAGGGGAAUGUCAGUCAGUGCCAGCCUCUAAAGUGCUUUUUUUGGGGGGUUUUGCGGGGGGGAAUGCCUGUAAUUAUUGAAGGAAUCUGAGUAGGGAUCAGUAACCCCCCCAUCUCUUCACAGUUCUCUUCUCUUCCAUAUAACUUGCAGGCAGCCUUCAUUCAUUAAUUCAUUCGUUCCAGCCAUUAGGAAAAGAAACAAGGGGGCAAUAAGUGAGGGAGACUUCAUAAUCAUUGUAGUAUUAUGGGGAUCAAUGGAGGGAUUGUUCGGAGUGUCUUCUCCAGGACACGUUCUUCUGCUUCUUUCGGAACUUAUCACCAUCAUGGCAAUGGAAGAAGCAAUGCUGGUGAGAAGAAGAGGUGGAGUGUGGUGAGAUCAUACCUUUGUGGGGAUGAGUUCAACUCGGUCCAAGGUGAGGAGGAUUCUGCUUCUGUGAAGAGCUCGGAGCCUAGAGUCUCACAAUUUGCUCUGGCUGAUGAUUCUGUGGAGACCAAUGCAAUGAUGAUCGAGGAGGGAGAUGCAGUGAAGAAAAAGGAGCACAAUACGCAGUCUAGCUUGUUCCUUCAGCAGGAUGCAGCGAUCAUCAUCCAGACUGCAUUCCGAAAGCUGAUGGCUAGACGUCGGGAUGAGGAAGAAGCAAAAGCCAAGGAUGGUGGUGAUAAGCAGGAGCAGCACCAAGAAAUGGGAAGUGGAAGUCCUGGCAGGUACUCCGUGAGCACAUCCGUCGAGGUUCAGACUGGUAACUCUGCAGAUCAUCUCUCCAUAUCAGAAAACAAUGGUGAACAACGCUACGCACAGAAGAAAGCCAGCAGAUGCCAAGAUUUCAGGUCCAAGGAAGACUGGGAUGACAGCACGCUUAGCAGUAACAUGUUAAGAAUGAGGAUUAAGAAUAGACUGGACGCCACUAACCGUCGUGAACGAGCACUUGCUUAUGCUUUCUCACAACAGCUGCGGAUCUGCUCAAGGAGCAAGCAAGCCAGGUCCGAAUGUACGCAGCAGCAGCCUAGCAUGAGUUGGCAUUGGCUUGAAAGGUGGAUGGCUACCCGAGCUCCUGAAUUCUCGUUCGAGAGCCAUUCAAACAAGCAAUUUGAACAGCCAUCAAAGAACAACAGCCAUAGAGAAGGAAAAGGCAAAUGUUUGGAUUUAGCAGUAGAAGAGAGGGAGAGUUGUGGGUCUAAUGAUGUACCUGUCCCUGCAAAGAGCUUAAAAGCCGACGCAGGAUUAGAAAAUGGCUCUUUCAUCAUCACAACCAAAAACGGAGCCAAGCCUCUAAGAAGUAUCUCCAGGAGGAAAACAGUACCAAGCUACCAAUAUCCUCCAAAAGAGCAAAAGACAGUGGAGAAGAGUUGUGCCAAUUUAGAGCACGACAAAAGGCAGAAGCUGAAAAGAUCAAAGAGCAACAGAGAAACCAAGUGCAAAGAUGCUUCAGCAUCUUACAACUAUGGCAAUAUGCACUUCCUUGUGAACUGAACUGAAAGCAAUGUAUCAAAUGAACUUAGAUAUCUUAGCCAUUGUUUCAGUAUCAAAUCAUUGAAUAAGCAAUAAUGAAGCUACUAGCUUCCA